UCCUACACAAUAUUAAAACUGGAAUGACAUUGUUAUAUAAAAGACCAACAGCGGCUGACAAUAAUCACUUAACAGUUUACCACCUUUCAACGAACCACAUCACAUUUAUUAAAACAUUCAAUCAAGAACACAAUGAAGAUAAAUAUAUAUUUGAGUUCACUCCUCUUGACAUUAGUCAUCAAAUUUGUAACAUCCGAUUUGAAACUACCACCUCAACAAUACUGUGGUUCUAGAUUGGCAGACAUAAUGCAAGUGGUAUGUAAAAACAGGUACAAUACCCCACCCCCACCAAUUGGACAAAAAAGAAAUAAAAUGGAUUCAGAAGUAUGGGAUUACAAGGACCUAGAAGACUAUAAUGCAAUUGACUAUCCAUACCAACCUAGGCAAGAUUCAAUGUCAUUUAUGCCCACACGUAUACUACGCUCUUCUAAAAGAACAAUCAUCGAUGAAUGCUGUCGCAGACCCUGCUUAAUAUCUGAACUAAAAAGUUAUUGUGCUAAUUAAGACUAAUAGAUUUAGUUAUAAGUGUUUUUAGUUGCUGAAUAAAGUUCUAACUAUUAUUAUAUAAACAAAA